UCUCCCGGCGUCUGAGCGAGCCAGGCAACUCUUGAUAUUUUUUUAAAAAACAUAACUCGUGGAUUCGAACGUGGCUCCACUCCGAGCGCGGCGGGAGACUUGUAGGACUCCAGCCCUGGCGGUGGCCACGGCGCACGCCCUUGGGAGACUCGGCGGGGUGCGGGCGCGGGGCGCUCCGUUUGAGCCGCGUCUGGGUCGAAGGCUGGUUUGGAGGGCGGUACCCAGAGAACCAAUUUAGGAUUUGCUGUGAACAGCAUGGAGGAGAAUGACCCCAAACCCAGCGAAGCGGCGGCGGUGGAGGGGCAGCAGCAGCCGGAAUCCCACCCCAGCGGCGGCUCCGGCGGCGGUGGCUGCAGCCCCGGCGACGCGGACACUGGGCGCCGGCGGGCUCUGAUGCUGCCCGCUGUCCUGCAGGCGCCGGGCAACCACCACCAGCACCCGCACCGCAUCACCAACUUCUUCAUCGACAACAUCCUAAGGCCGGAGUUCGGCCGACGAAAGGACGCGGGAACGUGCUUUGCUGGCGCUAGCGGAGGAAGAGGCGGCAGCGCCAGCGGCGAAGGCGGUGCGAGUGGUGCGGAGGGAGGUGGCGGCGCGGGGGGUGCGGAGCAGCGCCUUUUGGGGUCCGGCUCCCGGGAGCCCCGGCAGAACCCACCUUGUGCACCUGGUGCUGGCGUGCCGUUACCCGCCGGUGGCAGCGAUUCCUCGGGUGAUGGGGAAGGCGGGUCCAAGACACUCUCGCUGCACGGCGGGGCCAAGAAAGUCAGCGACCCUGGAGGCCCCCUGGACGGGGCGCUCAAGGCCCGCGGCUUGGGCGGCGGCGACCUGUCGGUGAGCUCUGACUCGGACAGCUCGCAGGCUAGCGCCAACCUGGGCGCGCAACCCAUGCUCUGGCCGGCCUGGGUGUACUGCACGCGCUACUCUGACCGGCCUUCUUCAGGUCCCAGAUCUCGAAAACCAAAGAAGAAGAACCCGAACAGAGAGGACAAGCGUCCGCGCACAGCCUUCACCGCCGAGCAGCUGCAGAGGCUCAAGGCCGAGUUCCAGACCAACAGGUACCUGACAGAGCAGCGGCGCCAGAGUCUGGCGCAGGAGCUCAGCCUCAACGAGUCACAGAUCAAGAUUUGGUUCCAGAACAAGCGCGCCAAGAUCAAGAAGGCCACAGGCAACAAGAACACGCUGGCCGUGCACCUCAUGGCUCAGGGCCUGUACAACCACUCCACCACCGCCAAGGAGGGGAAGUCGGACAGCGAGUAGGGCAGCGGGUAGGUCCCGGAGUCAGCUCAGUCCGUGCUGAACAAUGCAAUAAUUUAAAAUCAUAAAUAAAGGGCCAGUGUAUAAAGAUUAUACCAGCAUUAAUAGUGAAAAUAUCGUGUAUUAGCUAUGGUUCUGCAAUAUUCUAUGUAUAUAUAAUUUACAGGUGGUAUAAAAUCCAAAAAUCUGACUAUAAAAUAUUUUUUGAGUUUUUUGUGUUUAUAAGAUUAUGCUAAUUUUAUUAUUUUUCUUUUUUUCAAAGUGGGCUGCUUAGGGUUUUAUCUUUUUUAAUUCCCUGAGCUUCACUAUAGGACAUCAUUGGACAUUUUUUUUAUUAUUUCAAAAGAAGAAAAAAAUUAAAACAACUUGCUGAAGUCCAAAGAUUUUUAUUGCUGCAUUUCACACGACUGUGAACCGAAUAAAUAGCUCCUAUUUGGUCUAUGAGUUAUGCCACUUUGUUUGUGUUGGCUUGGUAAGGACAGCAAGAGGCACCCCCAGCCUCAGCCAGCCAGGGCCACCCAGAGCCUGGGCCAGUGACCUAGAUUUCUUAGGGAGUGAAGGGGAGCUGCCUGGGAAAGGGGACUGUCAGGGUCCUUGGACCAGUUCCGGGGCUCGGCCAGGGGAAGCUGCC